CGGGAAAAGAAACUGAAGCAAAGCAACUGACAUUGAAUAAUGGUUGGAGAAGCGAUCAAAAUGGGUUAAUAGAAAUAUUUUGAGAUGAUGGAAGAAAUGGAGAGGCACUGCAGAUUUAGGAGUAGCUCCAUUCAACAGCAACACAAUAUGUGAAGGAGUGGACGUGGAAUUGAGGAUGAAAUUGAUGGAUGCAGGACUGUCUGGGCAGCAGAGUUUAAAUGAGAAGUUCACGGAAGAUGAAGCUCAGGAGAACAGCAAGAGCACACUGAGGAAAUUGAAGGGUGAGAACACUUUCUAGAUUGCAGAUUAUACAGAAACAUCUGAUGUCUACAAGUACCAGUUCGGACAAGGAAGUACUCUUAACAAGGUCUGGAUGUGCUGGAAUAAUCACGCUCAAUCGGCCAAAGGCCCUUAAUGCUCUGAACCUCUCCAUGAUCAGACAGAUCUACCCCCAGCUAAAGGAAUGGGAGCAGGACAGUGAAACUUCGUUAGUCAUUAUUAAAGGUGCAGGGGAAAAGGCUUUCUGUGCCGGAGGUGACAUUAGGGCUGUUACUGAGGCAGGAAAAGUUGGAGACAGGCUGGCAGAAGAUUUCUUCAGAGAGGAAUACAUUCUAAACAAUGCAAUCGGAAGCUGCAAGAUACCGUAUAUUGCACUUAUUGAUGGAAUAGUGAUGGGAGGGGGUGUUGGGUUAUCUGUGCAUGGACAUUUCCGGGUGGCCACAGAGAAAACGUUGUUUGCUAUGCCAGAGACAGGAAUAGGUCUGUUCCCAGAUGUAGGAGGAGGUUACUUCUUGCCAAGACUGGAAGGGAAACUUGGCCUGUUCCUUGCCUUAACAGGAUUUAGAAUGAAAGGAAGAGAUGUACAUAAAGCUGGAAUUGCUACUCAUUUUAUAAAGUCUGAGGAGAUUCCAGCUUUGGAGAAAGAUUUGGUAUCUCUAAGGUCUCCUUCAAAAGAGGAUGUUGCAGAUCUGUUAAACUCACAUCAUUUCAAGUGCCAAGCUGAUGAUAAAUUUACCCUAGCGGAUCACAUGGACAAGAUUAAUAGGCUGUUUAAAACCAACAGUGUGGAAGAAAUAAUGGAAAAUCUGAUACAAGAUGGAAGUCCAUUUGCACUUCAACACUUGAAGAUUUUGAAGAAAAUGUCUCCUACAUCCAUGAAGAUUACUUUUCAGCAGCUCGAAGAGGGAGCUAGGAAGAACUUGUCAGAAGUUUUAAUGAUGGAGUACAGACUUAGCCAAGCUUGCAUGAAAGGCCAUGAUUUCUACGAAGGGGUGCGGGCAGUGCUGAUUGACAAGGAUCAAAGCCCAAAGUGGAAGCCAGCAACUCUGGAAGAAGUAACAGAAGAGUACCUGAGUAGUUGCUUUAAAUCGCUUGGAGCUAAAGAACUCAAGUUGUGAAUAGAUUAAUGGUUUGAGUAUUUAGGAGUCAGCUGUGUUUGCUUUUCUCUUCAAGUACUUAGCAUGCUUUUUGGUAAAUUAUGUAUUUAUCUGGUGAAAAUUUAGUUACCAGCAUAAUAAAUACAAGGGAAAACAUUGUAUUAUUUGGGGACAGCAGCUACCAAUAAAUAACAACUUGUAUAUGUAUAAUACUAAUAGAACAGUUGCCAUGCAAGGAAUUGGAGGGAUGGUAUCAGGAGGAUUGACCAAAAGCUUGCAGAGGGUUGAGUUUUAAUGAGGGCCUUAGAGUUGGAAGAUAAGGAAUGGAAUUCCACAACAUUGAAGAAGAAAUAUUUCACUUUGUUAUGGAAGAAAAGAAAUUGCAUUUUUUGUUUCAUUCAUGGGACAUGGAUAUCACUAACAGAGCUAUGUAUAUUCCCGUCAUAAAUGAUUGGCUAUUUCAGAAGGCUGUUUGUAAUCAAUCUGUGGGUCCGGUGUAUGAUGUCCAUGACCCAGUUUGGUUAAGAAUAUUGAAUUUUCAUUGUUUAGCUUAUAGCUAUCUGAUGACCUAUUUUACUUCAGAUCCCAUGAUAUGAUUCAAACUUGCCUCUCUGGAUUGACGGUCCAAAUCUGUAGAUACUUGUUGAAUAACUACCAUGCUAUUAGACCUUUGUGUAUGCUAUUGCAUUGAUCGAAUACUGUAUUUUGAAGCUAUCUGCAGUGACAGAAGCUGUGAGAUCUGGGAUGUUUAUCAAGUACCCAGAUGUUAUUUAUUUUAUUCAAUCCUUCAUUUGUGUUGGGCUGCAUUUGAUCUUCCUCCUCUUCUUUGUCUCUUGUUAUAACAUAUUGCAAUAUUUUUACUGAUGCAUCUGAUUUCCAGUAUCAAAGAGGAAAGUCAAAAAAUGUCAGUACGCAGGAAAGUAAACAUGAAGAAAAAUCAGUAUCUAUCCAUUUCACCUUUUUUCGUCCACCAGUCGCAGUAUAGUGAUCAUGUAUUCAAUGUUCUCUUUGAUUUUUGUUCAAUUGUAUAGUUUGCUACCGAACGGUGAUACAUAAAUUCAAAAAAAUUGAUUUUAUUGAAUUAUUUUCUUGCUGGAAUGACUCCUAAUCAGCAUUCAGGCAACCAUGGUACCAAUUUCCAAGUAAACAAUUGCUAACCCAUAAGAGUAAGUUCCCAUGGAAAAAGAAACAGGAUGUGGAAUGAACCCAUUCACGAUUGUUUUUGAAAUGGAGGUAUAAAACUUUAAUUUAAACACACUCAUUUCAUUUGCUGACGGCAUUCCCUUGAAAGCCAAUCCUUGGAAAUAGUUAUUUUUAUUUUCCAUUUAUGGGAUAUAUGCCUCUCACAGGUGCAUAUCCUUAAUUGCCCUUGAGAAAGUACUUAUAAUCUACUUUUUUUCUCAAUCUUUGUUUUCUCAUAGAACUAUCAGAUGGAAGUUCCAAAAUGUUGACCCAGCCAUGACUAAAGCAAUCACAGGUUGUCAGUCUGGUUUUAUUUUCAUUACUUAUUCUUGCAGCAAUUUCACAGUAUUGUGACUUAUUUGGCCCAUUUAUCAGAUAUCAGAUUAUCAGGUAUACACGAAAGCAAAAUUUAUAUUAGUAAACAAGAUUGGUAUAUUAAUUGAUUUGCAUCUCCAGCCGCAUUGGUGAGACUAGAACUCGUGUCUUGAGACCAAGUCUGAUUGAAGUUGAAGAUACAAUAUGCAACAUAAGUUAAAUCACACAGUUGUUUGUAUUUUUCUAAUCCAUUUGCUGUGACAAAGUGAAAAUCCCUGUGUCUCAUUAUUAUUUAAAAAUAUGACUUAAUCAGAUUCUUCAGACUAGUGCUACAUUCAGUACUAUUAAAUUUAGCAAUAAUUAUUUUUAAAUUGUUAUACUGGAUAAUUAGUGAAAUGCUUUGUUUGUAAUAGUUGCCUUUGAUAGGAAUAUUAUUUGUCUUAAAAGUAAAUUGAUAUUGAUUAUAAAUUUCACAUUGAGGAACUACCAUUUUCUGAGUUUGUAAAUACAGUUUACUGCUGGAUAAUGGCAAUAAAUGGAUUUUACAAGUUACUUAAAUGACAAAUAAAUGAAACUAUAAAAUAUGCAUUAUAUGUUUCAAUUUUUUAGAUAUGCUCUUUGAUUAAAAUUGUUAUAAUUCAGAUUGUACUACUGACUAAGUUGCAUAGCAAAAGUAAAGGUAUCUAAGCUUGAAUCUGUAAACCAACUCUCAUUUUUGAAACUUUAAAACAGAGUUGGGAUUUCAGAACUAACAAAGAACAAGAUUUUGGUUUCUCUUCAGUUUUUGUAAAGAAUAUCUAAACAAAGUAUGUUAAAACAAACUCUAUUUCUUUGUGUAACAAGUGGUUUGUUCAACAGGCAUGUUAAAUCAGAAAUAGUGACUAAUGUUAAGAAAUGCACUUAAAGCACAAGUGACAACAUUUUAAUAAAGCAGCUUAGUACAUACAGUAUUUCCAUAAUAAGUGUAAAUGGAGUUAAAACAUUACCAAACAGGAAGGCCCCAGACAUGGAAUAUAUUUUACACAGACUUCAAUAAAUUUAACAUUCAAUGAAAUAUCGAUUAUAGUACAAUCAGGAUUUUCAUUAAAAAUAUGGAAAUUCUGAGACUGAUUUGUGCAUUGAUGUGUAGCUAAAGUAAGUUAGUUAUAUCCUCAAAAUCUAUAAAAUCUGAGUAAUGCAUUUUGAUUAUCUUUUAAUUUAGACUUUUACAAAAUAAACCUUAUGUCAUACCGUUAUAUUUUCUUAUAGCUUAGAAAGCCAUUUCCACCCACCAAGUUUAGAUGAUGCACAGAAAAUCCUAUCCUCCUAUUAAUUUUUCCUGUGAACUUCCCUCCCCACAUUUCCAUCUUACCUCGUCCCCCUCCCAGAUUCUACCACCCCAAUGACUAACCCAAUAGUUGGCAGGAAAUUCAAGUAUUUGGAGGAUGUCAACAGAGAGAAUGUUCAAACACUGCACAGGCAACACCUGAGGUCAGGAUUGCUCCCAGGCUGUUAGGGUUUAGAGGUGGUAGCUCUGAGUGGGGUCACUGUACUGUCCUUAUCUUCUGGCUUUGCACUUAGUGCAUGUGUGCUUAAAAAAUGACAUUUCUUUUCCUGCUGAAACAAACAUUACUUGUAUUUUAUAAUGAAACUUCAAUUUAGGCACAUUUAGAUAAUCUGUAAAUGUCAAUAGUUAUGAAAUGGAUCAAUAUUAACAUUACUUUAGAGUUUGAUCUUUACUCGAGGCUAAUUUGAGCACAUGGUAAGAGUCUGCAACUUACUCUUAGCAUUCCCUUCUGCAAUCAAUGGUUUUAUUUUAUAUAAAGUUUGCUUUGUAUUAAAUUUACUUUUCAAAUAACCAUUUAAAAACUUUUAGUCUUAAAUUGUAUGCAAAUUAAAAUUCAAUUGCUGUUUAUAAAUACUGUUGGUAAUAAUAUAAAAGAGUACAUAAAUCUGCCUAAUUCAAAAAGAUCAUUGCAUAGCUAACUAAUGUGCUUAUAUGUCAUUGACUGAACUAUCUGGAGAUUCUUUUAAACAAUGUGUUCAUUUCAGGGUUUUUCAUUUUUAUGAAAUGUUUAAAUUAUUUGCUGCUGGUCUAAAGCAAAUUAUUUACAUUCGUAUUUUCAAAAAAUAGAUGAAGAUGAAUGUACAGUGAAUGAAGAGGACAGCUCCCCUUGCAAACAAGACAAAACUGGGGUGAUCAACUUCUUGGUUUUGACUGAAUUUGAUUUUGGUCCAUGCAAGUGUUAUAUGUGUUUAACUUGAAAUUAUUUUGUGGGCAUAGCUUUAAAGUGCAGUGCAAAAAAAGAAUUUUCAUAAAAUACAGUACCGAGCAAAACAACUGGCAAAAUUUGUGGACAAAUUGAUUAAUCAUCUGAUUCAAAAACCUGAAUGUCAAACUAGACUGAAGGUGUACUGCUUAAUGUUUAGUUCUCAGUUUUUAAAUCAUAUAGUUAUACUAUAUUUACGAGACAGGAUUCGAUUUGAACAAGAGUAACUGGUUUUGUUCUCCUCUAAGCAAACAAAAUUGGAAGGAGAUUUGGUUUGGUGCAUAAGCUCAUGAUGGGUUCAGAUAAGGUGAAACACGACAAGCUGCCUCCAUUAAGUGUGUGGUUUAAUGACCAGGUUUAAACUGAUUGGAAAAAGACAGAGGGAGGAGGUGAAGAAAAACUUCUCUUGUAUUGAGUCAAGGCUUUUAAAGGGACUUGGAUAGGGAGUUGACAUAAAAUAACCUGCCGGAGUUUUGGAAAAGAACUGGGAAUUGAGACUACCUCUAUUGCUCCAUGAAGAGUUGGCAUGAAUUUUGAUGACCCAAAUGACCAGCUGUGGCAUAACAAUAUUGAAUAAAUCUGGUUCUGAAUAAAUAUUUAUGCCUCACAUAAUAAACUUUGACUGUAGCAGGAGAGAUUAGUCAUUCACCUGAGCACAAAAAAAAAUCAGGCUAACACCGAUGUAGUACUGAGGAAAUACCAGUGUAGGUAGCAUUGUAUGGAUUAAUUUGUGAACUGAAGCAUUAGCUGCUUCCUUGGAUAAGUAAAAAACAUGGAACUAAAAGAAAAACAGCGGAGUUAGCCCUAGAGUGCUGGCCUUCAAGUGAUUUGGUUAUGAUAUGUUGCAGAAUGCAGGGAUCUGCUGGGUGCAGAUUGGCUAUGUGUUUCCUAAAUUAUCAUCCUUUACCCUCUACUUCACUAUGUGCUGGAGAGGGAGUGAAUUGCCAAAAGAAACGGUUUGCUUUUUCAGUUCAUGUAUACAGCAGAAUAAGUCCCCAAAGUCUGAAUUCUUCAGAAAAAUCUCGUCCACUUUACAGGACUGUGUCUAUGUGUGUGUGUGGGGGGGGGGGGCACGGUUGGAAUACAAAGGUGGAUAGAAAAAGUAAACAUCCAGGUGAAGAGUUUCAAACCCUUGAACAAUUUGCCUCUGAUAAGCAGAAUCUCUGAUGUUCCCUUUACACUGAUUCUGUUUGUGUCCAUGAUUUUCUUCUCAUUCUCUAAAGAUUGAUUUUAUAUCAUUAUCAACCAGGCGAAUGGCAAAACUUAGCCACAAAGCAAAGCUAAUAUCUAAGGCAAGUGAAUGAUUUGCUCUUUAGAAGAUUUCAAGAUUUCAAUCCAUGAUGAUCUAAACACUUUCCCUUACACUGCAGCCAUAGUAAAUUUUACAGUGGUAGAUAUUAAGUGGUUUUUGCUCUUCCUGUUUGUCUCACAUGAGAAAACUACCCAAUCAAGGCAGUAAAGUUCCAGACUUACUGUCAGUUGAAUUGAUUUAUCAAUGGACUGGAAAUGUGAUAGUUGGUGUCAGAGUCAUUGAAUACUGCAGAAUGGAAACAGACUCUUUGGCCUAUGUCCCUUUAACCUUUAGUAUAUUUUGUUUUGGAUUUCUGAUGUCAGUUAUUUAGCUGGGAAUUGCUGAAAAGGAGAAACAUUUUGCAAAACAUUAAUGGGGUUAUCUUGAAUGGAAGUUGAUUUCAGAUAUGCAGACAUGGGCGUCUAAAGAGGUUGUCAUUUCUUCACCAAAUAUUUUUUACUGGCAAACUCUGAGUAGAACCCCAAACAUGAAGUACUGGGAAAAGCUGCUAAUAGCAAAGUUAAAUAAAAUCAAGAAAUCAAUUUGAUUUUGGGCUGGAUUCAGUAAUAAUAUUUAAUGGAAAUUAACUGAAGACUUCAAGAAUUCUGUGUAGCUUGUAUCCAGAGUGGAGUCCUGAUUUGUUUACCUUAAGUUUGUAUGACUGCCUUGAAUUCCAAAUGACUAUAGUCUUUAAUGAUAUGCCAGUAAUAAUAACACAGUCUGACAUGUUAUUAGAUCAAUCUUGGCUGAUUGGCAUGAUUCUCAUCUUCGAAUUUGAAGUUAGUAGGUUCCAGCCCUAUACUGGGACUUGCUCCAUUUGCACACUUCACUACGGUACUCAGAGCAUUCAGCAUCAUCAGAGACUAUCCUAAAGGUCCAAAUGGCUUUUCAGAUCAAGAUUUUAAUUUCAUACAAUGAAAAGUAUGGAACAGACACUGAACGUGCUAGAAAUAUUAAGUUAAACAACUUCUGUGGAGAGACUGGAUAUCCAAAACUAAAACUUCCAUUGAUUUCUGUAAGGAUAUUUGUUUUUGCAAAAUCUUGCCAAUUGUAUUUGCCCACAAUAAUUGUACAGUUCAAAAACAAUACUGUAGCUUUUAAAACUCCAGAGAAAAAUAAAGCAAUAUUAAUCAGUUAUUUUUCUUUCUGGUAUUUUCAUCAGCUUAAUGUUAUCACCAUAUCUUGAAAACAGGCAUUCCGUAAAUAAAUAGAAAGGUAUAUGUAAGUUUUAGGUUUCUAGAUGAAAGGGGAAAAGAUGUAAUAAGAGAUCUUGAUCUCACCUUAAACAUUAAUCUAUAUGAAAUGGCCAAAAGAAUGUUAUUGUGGUUUUAUAUUGACACGCAGACACGAUGUGAAGUGUACCGGUGAGUUGAGACAACCUGAAUAACUGAAUUUUGCUACUUUGCCACUUUAAUGCGCCGAAUUAAUGAAAGGGUUAUUAUGUCUGUGUUAAGUUUAAUUCUGAUUGUAUUUUAAGAUUUUACACAACGGUUUUAGCCAUUUAAUCUCAUUUGUUCCAGCUGGAGAAAAUGCAAUGUUGCUUCAGAUGUCACAAAAGGACGUGAUUUAGGAUCCUUGCCUGAUCUGUUCUCUCCCCCUCGAAUUCCUUAAUCAUUUAUUUGAAGCUACUUUCCUCUCACUUCUGCGACGCAGUUCUUCUGUAACAAUUCGAUUCCCCCAUGAAAACUGGGAUAUUAAAAUCUCAAUUUCUUUAAAUAUAGUUAAGUAAUUUGGCAUGGAACCCUGUAAACAAUAUUCUUGUGCUGCCAAUUUAGUUUCUACUCUCAACAUAUACCCGUGGGAACACCGUUUACGAUAUUUUCAGAACUAAUCAACGACUUUACAUUUUCCGAAACUAUGUUAUUUGUUUGAAACCUAUAUCGCAUUUAUACAAAAUAGUCUCAAAACGUAUCACUAUUUCACUCAAGCGCUUCUACCCCUUUCCUUCCGCGAGAACGAUAAAACAAGUUUAGUAAUUAUGCCAGGUUCUACUUUAAUUAAUCCAGAAAACUUUAAAAAAACCUGUCCAGCUUCCAAAGCAAACAAAUAAGCAGGACGCACGCCAUUGUGUGUGGGAGUGCUGUGAAGGAAAUAAAACCUCAGCAUACUUGGCCAAAAGCAAAUGUCUACAGCGACAUGGUGCAUUAAAAAAGAUGAUUUUGCUGUUUAUUGUUUAUGUUCUUGAUCACUUUCACGCGCGGGUUUUUUUCCACAAUUUUAACGGUCCAAGGAAGUAUACACAUGUUUUGCACUGACUUGCAUUGACUCAGACUUGCAGCGUCGGUUGUGGGAAGUCCUACCCCACCCAGCCACGCACACUGUUUGGAGCCGCCAACGCUAGUGCCUCAG